AAAACCCCUGCAUCUUCCCAAUCACCUUGUAUCCGCUCUCUAGCGUCUUGGUGGGAUUGGAACGGCCAGCACUGACCUGGUCUCUGGAGCAUGGGCUCGGACGACCUGUUCGCAAGGAAGGAGACCAAUGGUUUGAAUAGAAGCCCGAUCCUGGCCCCGGUGCUGGCCCUGCGACCGGGAAAGAUUAUUAGUUCGAUGGACUGAUGACACGCUGCACUUCUGUACUUCCUUCUUGCCUCCUCCUGCUCCGACCUUGACAUUAUACCCCCGCGACACUUCCGUCCGGUUCAGACGAAACAGCCUUCCAAAGAUUGCCGCAUUCCUCUACGCACUUCGCAACCAAGAACACGACGAGCAUCAUGCACAUCUUCCAGCUCUCCGCCGCGAUCGCUCUAUUGUCGCUCGCCUCCACUGCCUUUGCCGAUGGCCAUUGCAGCAAGGGCAUGCCCGGUGACGCGAUCUGGGGCUCAUGUCACUUUCUGGGCAUCUAUCCUCAGAGGAUGGGCAAGGGCACGCCGGAUAUCAAACUUCCAUGCUGGCGAUACUCUGGUUGCGACGUUUUUGCCUCGGUUUGUCAUAAGAUCACCGACAUCCCAGAAGCCGAAGGGUACGCACGUUGCCUCAACCAGGAAACAGAGCCACCUCGGGAAGAAUGACCACAGCGCCGUGAAAGGCCGCCUCUAGAACGAAGAACGGGUAUUGUUCCGGUGUGGUCGCCCUGCAAAGACAUCGGAGAGAAAGAGAGGGUGCUUCGGACUUCACAAGUUUGUGCAGAAUUGGAAAACUCAACGGUCGGGUCGCACGACUCCUCUGUGGCAAAGCAUUCAACAUGUCGAGCAGUUUCCAUGGAAAGGGUAUGCUAUUUGAUCCUUGGGCGGGUUGAGAACGUGGAGGAAUGAGGGUUGUCGGUCGAUUUGCUCUCUUUUUAUUUGCUUUUGUAACGCUAGGCAGAGAAUUUGGGCCACUGUGUAAUUCGUUGCGCCUUGUUCUGUCCC